AUGUUAACAGCUCAACUCAAUGAGGCACGCCAAAGAAUGAAAGCUUUUGAUGAAAUUGAUUUAGAACGAUGGGAAGACUUAUUGAACCAUCUCAAAAAGCUGGCGAAAUUCACAGUUACUCUCAAAAAUAUAAAUAAUGGGCUCGAAUUGAUAGUUACUGGAGAAGACACGGAAAACGAUUUAUCUUUAGAAACUAUCAAUCGGCACCCUAGUGGUCUUAUACCAAUCACUCCGCCACAACUUCAAAGCACUUAUCAUAAUCAUGAAAUAUUGCCGACAAGAUUAAACAAUUUCAGUUCUACAAAUAAUGUAGAGUCAACUGAAGUUCGAAGUUCGGUAGCGUUGGUGAAUACCGAAUCGGUUGAAAGAGUCGCAAAUAUCGGACAUCAUAAUCGUGCAAGACCUGCAACUACAUUAGUUCGCCGUGCGGCCGCUGAAAUUCCAUUUGAACAUAGACGUUUCUAUCAUCUGCGAUGGCGCGUUGACUCUUGA